AACGUACAACAGCCAAUGGAAUUCUAGUAUAUAUAAAAAUGAAAAUUUAGCCGAAAGCUCACUUUUGUUUUUGCCGUUGGCGGAGUGAUUCUUUUCACUAGAGAGAAAUACUAAAAAAAGAUCAGAUAUGUCAUGCUGCGAAGGCCCAGGGUAUGCUUCUCCUAUGGACGCAAUGAAGAAUGGCCCGAAGGAGGAAAUAAUGUACAUCACUUGUGUUGUUCCACCGCAGACUAGAGUAACACGCCCAGACUAUCUCGUCACUGUGAAUGUCGAUCCAAAGUCAAAGGACUAUUGUAAGAUCAUUCACAGAAUGUACCUGCCAAACGUCUCGGAUGAGAUUCAUCAUACAGGAUGGAACGCGUGCUCUAGCUGCCAUAACGACCCUACAAAGUCAAGGAAUCGUAUGAUAAUACCUGCUCUAGGAAGCAGUAGGGUUUACGUUGUAGACACAGGAUCUAACAAGUACGCACCCAAGAUUCAUAAGGUGAUAGAACCAAGUGAGGUACAAGCCCAUGGUCUUAGCACUCCCCAUACCACACACUGUCUGGCUAGCGGGGAUGUCAUGAUCAGCUGUAUUGGAGAUGAAAAAGGCGAGAAUAACGGAGGAUUUCUUAUCCUUGAUGGAGAAACGUUUGAGAUCAAGGAAAACUGGGAACGCGGAAAGCCUUCCGAAUUUGGAUAUGACUUCUGGUAUCAGCCAUACUUUAACAUUAUGGUGACAUCUGGUUGGGGAGCACCGAACGCGUUUUUCCCGGGAUUUAAUCCCUUUGACAUUCCCAGAGGUCGGUAUGGCAGAGCUCUGUAUUUCUGGGACUGGAAAAAGCAUGAACAAAUUCAAACAAUUGACCUUGGGCCAGACGGGGAUAUUCCGCUAGAAGUUCGCUUCCUUCACAACCCAAAGGCUCCGGAAGGUUUUGUGACUUGCUGCCUAGGGUCUUCUAUCUUCCGUUUCUUUAAGCAAAAGAAUGGAACUUGGGGAGCGGAGAAAGUCAUUCAGGUCCCUCCUAAGAAGGUGGAAGGUUGGGUAUUGCCCGAGAUGCCGGCAAUAACUCCGGAUAUAGUUCUCUCCCUUGAUGACAGGUUCCUAUAUUUUGGAUGCUGGCUACAUGGAGAUGUAAGACAGUAUGAUAUAACUGACACCCAUAAUCCUAAACUUGUCGGACAGGUAUGGCUCGGGGGCAGCAUAUGCAAAGGGGAGGGUGUCACUGUGACAGAUGACAAAGAGUUAAAGAGCCAACCUGUGCGCCCGCUGAUCAAAGGGAAGCGUAUAAUGGGUGGUCCUCAAAUGGUGAUGCUGAGUUUGGACGGGAAGCGUCUCUAUGUGACUACAUCUCUGCUGUCAAACUGGGAUAACCAGUUUUAUCCAGACCUUUGCAAGAAAGGUUCAAUGUUCGUUCAGAUCGAUGUAGAUACAGAAAAAGGUGGGUUAACCUUGAAUAAAAACUUCCUUGUUGACUUCGGCGAUGAACCCGGCGGACCUGUACUUGCACAUGAAAUGCGAUAUCCCGGCGGGGAUUGCACGUCGGAUAUCUGGCUUGCCGACAACUAAACGUAUUAUGAGACUGAUCCAGAGUCAAAGAAUCACUACCAAGAAGUGCCGAAACAAUCCUAAAGUAUUUAUAUGACAAUCACAGAAAGGCUUCAAUUUAUAUGCAAAUAGACAUUAUAUAAAACUUGCAAUUUGAAACAUUUAAGGUUCUCUUUUUAUUAUAAUCUACUUUUAUGCUACCCAAACUGAGCUACGUGUGAAUACAGACUAUGAAGUGUUAAGAUGUUUAACACUGAAGUGGAGUUAUUAAUAACGAGCAUUGUGGAAAUAAAUUAGUAACAUUUUUCUAAAACGUUAGAACUUAUUGAAAAGAAGCAAACUUUUAUUGACGAGAAAUAUAUUUGAACUGUGUCUAUCGUAUCGUAUAAUAAGGUUACUGUUAAACAAAUUUAACUUGUAAAUAGUAUUUCUCAAUAUUACAACAGCAUUUCAAGACAUGAGGUAUUUACAAAUUGUCCUUUUACGAUAAAUAUUUUAGCAUAAUUAUUUGUCUAAAUUUACUAAAAUUAUAUUAAACAUGUAAAUGAUUUAUGCUUUAAUAACUAAUAUCAAAGUUUGCGUUUUCCACUUAUACCGUUUUCUGUAUUUUGCAUGUAAUACGUUGCUUUAUAAUGAUAUGCCUAUAAUACCCUUCUCAAUAAAAACGACAUGUUUUAUCUGA